AUGUGGAUGUUCAGCCGGAUCAGCACUUCGAAAAGGAAGGAAGGCAGACGAACCUUUUUCGAACAGCGGGAGAUCGAGAGAGUAAUAUUAGUCGACGCACAAUGUAUUCCUGCGUCCAACAACAACAUUGUGUCCUUCUUAAGAACAGGAGAUGGAACAGGGUCCAUCUCCUUCCCUGGCCGCGCUGACGUUGAGCGGGUAGCAGACGAUACUCCUGGUUCGCAAGACAUCGAAGCUGGUGGUGUAGCCAUAGAAAUGGAUGGUGUUCACCGAUUGCUUGCAAACCAAUCCGGAAACAUCUCUAGUGCGGCUGACGUGGGAGACCUACAAAUCUUGAACGUUAGAUCUGGCAAGAUUGAAGGCCAUCUGCUUUUUACGAAAAGUCGACGACUCCCACAUCAUCUGAAGCUUCUGGAAAAUGAGAUCGUCCGCCAGUUCGGAAUCGGACCCAAGCCCGAGAGUAUCCACUUAGGCAAAAGGAACGUUGCUCAUGGUAAAGUAUCGCGGUGGUACGAACCUCCUGUCGAAUUGGAACUGAAUACCACGACGUUAACGAGAUGGAAAUUGGCUCCAUCGGUCAUGCGGGACCAGUACAUAUAA